GCCAACCCCUUGAAGGAACAGUAAUUCUUCAGUCCUGUGCUCCAAAAGACCUUGGACUAUUUUCUGCUUCUCAACUCUCUUCGCCUCCCCCGUUUUGGUGAACGGAAGAUCCAAAGAGGAGGAUGAGGCAGCUAAGAGGAAAACCCAAAAAAGAGACCUCCAAAGAUAAAAAGGAGAGAAAACAGGCAAUGCAAGAGGCCCGGCAACAAAUCACCACCGUCGUGCUUCCCACCCUGGCUGUUGUAGUGCUACUGAUUGUUGUCUUUGUGUACGUAGCCACUCGACCAAAUACAACUGAAUGAUGCAGCUCCUCAGACUUUCUUGCUUUGGGGUAUUAACCAUUUUAUCCAGUGCCAAGAGGAACUCUCUGUCACUCUUUUAGUACUUUUCAAAGGAACUUGCUGGUAUUUUCAGUCUCUUUUGGUUAGGGUCCCACAGUUUCUCUUUAGGAAUGUUACAUAAAACGUAUUAGUGAAUGCGCCAGUACGUUUUAUGGUCCAGUUCAUGUGCCUUUCAGACUUUUAGAAUGGUGUUUUUCUUAAAUCUGUUUGAAGCUCUAUAUUGUAAAAGGAAAUCAUGUUCUGCUAUAAAUUUGUAAAAAAAAAAAAAUCAGCUUUCAGCUUUUAUCACUGAAUAUGGAUAAUGUUGCUCCCAUGAGCUCCUGUCUGUUUCUCAACUUCCAAAGAAGUAUAUUUCUUCUUUGUACUUAAUGUCACAUGAAGUGCUUUGAUUCAGAAAGGAUAUAUUUAUUUUUUGAAUAAAGAGAGAAGUCUUACUUGGAAUCUUCAAAUUAUUUUGAAAAAAAAAAAAAAAAAAAGUCACUUAUUGUGAAAGCCUACAUUAUGUAAUAUUUUUUUCAUGAAGCACCAUGUAGU